CUUCUUUUUCAAAUCAAAUCGACUUUACAGUUCAGAGUUGUAAACAAAACAAUGCUUUGCAUGAUUACUUUCUAUUCUGUUCAUUAAAUACGUAGAAUUAUGGCUAACUCUGAAAUUCUUUCCAUGUACAUCAAAAAGCUGAAUCAUCCUUUAAAAGAAAUUCGCGAACGUUCGCUAUUGUUAUUGAUAACCAAGUUGAAAUUGGGCUGGGAGCUUGAGGAUGAAUUGUCGGGCACUAGAGCGUUGUUAGAAUCACUCCUGGCUUGGUUCCAUACCCCACAACAGAGCCUACAAUGUGAGGCAUUGGAGUUGUUACUGACAACUAUAAAGACAAAAGCAGGUGCUUACAUAGUCAGAGAGUUUGGCAUAGAUACCAUUUUGACAAAUCUGAACAAAGACAAACACAGGAUUUCAGAAGAAGCCACUGAGUUGUAUGAGGAUGUCAUUGACACACUCAGAUUUCUUAACACUGUUGAAUCUGAUGUCAAUGUUGAUGUACCUCGGCUGACCAUACCUGAUAUCACAAGUUCGGAAAGUGAUGGAGGAUCAUACAGUGGCUAUUACAAUUUGGACCCUAAUGGACAGUCCUCAAAGGCUACAUCAGUUUCCAAUGAUGACCCUGACACAAAUAGGUACAGGAGCCUAAACACUACAGACAGUAUUAGAAUAUUACUCUUUCCCUGGGUGGAGCUAUGCCCAUCUGACAAGAAGACGUUGCUCCUUGUAGAGGAUGCCUUGAGAUUGUUAAAGUCUACUCGAAGAUGCUGCCGGUUUAUAAGGGAUGUAUUUAUUCGUGACUUUCCUGCUGAAAUAUUCUUAAAUAGACCUGAAAUUAUAAAGAGCCUUUUAACAAUAGCAGAUGGGAAUCAUGGCGGAAGACCUGGUGAGGCUCUAUGUGUAUUGCUGUACAUAACACGCGCCCUUCGCAUGAGACUUCUACAAUUAUCAUCUUUGGACUUAAUUCAUGAAACAAAUAAGGUUUCAGAUGAACACACACAUACAAUAGACGACGGAGUCCACAUGGAACUAACAGAGAUAGCCGGAGCAAGUCAGAGGCCUCGCUCCCCAGUAGAAGAAGACGGGCUGGUACUGCUGCGGCAGCUGCCAGCACCAUUGUAUGCGCUGGACACCUUACAUGCAGUCCAGAGCAUGAUGGCACGAAGCAUUGUGUUGAUCGACCCCUUGGAUAAGGCUGAAUUUUUAAAUAUUAGAGAACUAAACACCUGCCUCUGUUUGAUAGAAAGUCUUGUUGAGCUGUUACUAGACUGUGUAAAUGACAACUUUUGGAGUAUGGACCAUAAUGCCAAAACUUACAGAGAUAUCUCACAUAAGAGUUGUAUGUCAAUGCGUUUGAUGGGAGAUCUAUUGAUCAAAUACAGAAAAUCAUUCCUAGAUGAUACAGACCGCAGUCACCACCGCGUAGCAUGGCUUCGUUUAACCAUGUGUGCUGUGAAGUUGCUGCACUGGGCGCGAGACUCGGCUCUGCCGCCAACGUCGCUUGUCACCGCUCUACAAGUAGCUCAGUUGGACCCCGCUGUACAACUGUUUUACCCAAGCUUGAGUAAGAAAAUUGAAUCGGUAUUGCAGAAUUCCAGAAUAACUGUUAACCAAGAAUACAAAAGCAAAUACAGAGAAAUGAAGAAACUCUUCGCGAGCAUGGAUGGAGCAGUCCAAUUCAUGAACAAUAAGGAUCUGCAUAAAUCCAAAGAGGUUCUCAUUAGCAUGAAGGAUUCACUCCCAGUUCUAGAGCUUUUCCAAAGUGAAAACUUUUUGGGCGAUAUUUCUGAUAUAUUGCUGAAAAAGGCCAAGGAAAUGGAUUUUAAUGAUAACGACUGGUCGAUAGCUCGAAGCAUUGCCUUGACGUUGAUGGGUCACAAUGCAGAGUGGGUUCAAACUACAUUUUAUAAAGCUUUAGCGGAAAUGGUGAAGUCUGUCCUGAUGGGUGACGAGGAUCAGAAAUGUCUCACUAUACUGUGCGAUGUUGGUGUACUGACAGAAAUAUGCUGUCAUGGACUGUCUUCUAAAUUGAAAGAGGUAGAAGAAAGCGCGUCAGAAAUAAUGGUGUUCUUACUCCGCGGCCGACUGGUGCUCAGUGAGAGCUGCUGGUGGCGACUGCUGGCCAGUCUACUGCCGGUCUUGCCACUGUUACACGUAUACGCGGCACAUGAGACUCUAUUAGGCAAAGCAAUAUGCAAGUCGCUAGAACGGGACAUAGCGGAUUGUUUGGGCGUGUCUAUAGCUGAGGUAAUGUCGGGAUUGGUCCGACUUCUGUUUGUAAGAUGCGUCGCCGUACAACUCGACUCAGCACAUAGCUUGUGUCGUAUGUUAGAUGACGAACGUUAUUUGCCGCCAAAAGAUUCUUUGCGAGCUGAUAUUUUAAUGAGCGCGCUAAGAAGGGUACAGCGACAAGAUUUCAACGUAGACUACACUAGUUCACCGUCUAAAGUACCACAAGCAACCGGUAUUACCCAGAUCUUGGAUGUGUUAAAACAAGACAUAAUUCUGGACCAACACGGUGAAUACAAUUUGCGUCCGACUGCGCAACCGGUGCUAGAACCUUCGUUGCGACGGAGCACGUUGCAGCAGUUGGCUGUUAUGAUACGACAACAGAACUUACAUGAUGUGUUCUUACAAUAUGAUGGAGUGAAGAUUAUUGUGGCUACACUCAGAAUGUCGCUGGUGGUAGACGACUACCUAGCCUUCCCGGAAUGCGCAAUAAGUUGCGUGUCCAUUCUAAACAGCGUUUGUUUCGCCAGUCGCCACAAUUUGGCCAAAAUAGCCGAUUUACCCGCACUUCUCAUUAGAGUGAUCCUAGUGUUUCCCGCGAACGACUCACUAGUACUAAUGGCGGUGCAAGUGCUAGCACUAGUGGCGUGGUCCGGUUUCGCCCUGCAGGAGUUGGAUUCAUCUCGCCAUAGAGUGCCGGCGUUACCUCUGAGUGUUACACAAAGAACGUCUUUGCCGUUCCCAGUGAACAGUUACUGGAAUACGAGCCCUAAUGCUGAACAUUCGUAUGUAGAAUGGCUACUAUCAGACGAAGAAUGGCGUACUGCAGUGAGAGUUCGUUGGUGGUACACACACUCUGGUCGUUCGCGACUCCUGACGGACCCGCCCCCGUCCGCUCCGCUCGCUCUAAGGCCCACGGCUCGAGAUCUCGCGAGCUUGAGAGCAUCUUGCCCACUGUUUAGCUGUACCAGAGCAUUGAUGGCCCUGCAAAAUGCUACCACGCAUAGACAAGUUACUGAGUCACUUCAUUUGUUGGAAUGCUAUGUAUAUUUAGUGCACUCGUCGUGCGUCGAUAAGAAAGAGUUCAGCUCGUUGCCAUGGCAACACACGAAGAGGUUCUUAAACGCACCUCCCGCUUCGACCCGCGACACUUCCCUCCUUUCUUCCUUACUGCACUUCAUAAUCGCAUACAUGGACAAUGUGCCUAAUUGUGAUGAUACAAUGGUGUGGAUAAAGUCUUCCUUCAUUGGGAACGAAGCGACUAUAAUUUCCCUGCUCAGUCGACCCCAACUUUAUCCUCAGCAAACUGUUCAGGAGAGCAUAGAGGUGACCCAACUUCACAUACAAAUCGUCAAAGUACUGUUACGUUGCGUCAUGAUGUUGGAACAUUGGGAAGAUUACGACAGCCAUAAGUUAGAGAGCUUAAUCAAAAUACUACUCGCAUGCUUGGAUAAAAUUGAUCUGAAGAAUUUUCAUAUGUUGGGCUACCUAAACGAGCUGAUGCGCUGUAUUCGCUAUUGCGUCAACUCUCGCUACUGCAAGCUAUCAGAAGAUACAUUGAUUCAGUGUCUGAGACUGGUAGCGAGAACUUUGAGUGCUUGUGCCUCGGGCGGCGGGUGCAAGGGCCAGGCUUGUAGGCUCGAUGCCAUGCUAACCCUGCUCGCGUUGAUGAGGCAGAUACACCAUGAAGCUAUCCCUGUUCAGAGAUGGAGCGAGAUGUUCAACAGUGAAGUAGUGCGGGUGAUAGUGAAGGGUAGUGGCGGCGCUCGCGUGGUGCUGAGAGCGGCCGCAGUGCACGUGGUCGCCGCGCUCGCGUACUACGCGCAAAUGAUGCCGCACUUGAUGCAAGCGAUUGAAGAGUCAUCGCUCACACAAUUUGCUGCCAAUAUAUUUGCUCAACGGAACGAAGCGAACGCGGUGCGUGCAGCUGCAGCCGAUCUCCUUGCAUCUAUAGCGUCGCGGGCAUCACCACGGUCCGAUGUGUUGGAGUCCGAUGUGCUGGAACAGCUGCAAGACAUCCAUUUCGUGGAAAAUUGUAUAGACAUUCUAGUAGACUUCUGCAAUGUGAAAGAUUAUAAACAAUCCUUCGAAGCGAAUGUGUCGUUAACUCUAUUGGAGCGUCGGGCGGAGCUAGAGGUUCGCGCGCAGAAGGGUGUUGAUGAGUACGUGUCGCCGUCGCAAGAGUUGCUGAAAGCGCGGCCGCCGCCCACCGGCGCGCUCGUCACGGCGCUCGCCAACGCACUGCACAAUGUUAGCGCGUUCACACACUGCCCCGUACAAGCCUGGAACGAACGAGGAUUAUACAGACUCUUGUUCAGAUGUGUUUCGUGGACCGGUGAUGACAAUAAAGAAACAUACGAAGUUCGUGGCGCGACUAGUCGGUGUCUCUUGGCUGUGACGGACUACAAAUGUGUCCGUCUAUCGCUCGCCAUCACUAAGGACUGUCUUCACAACUUGCUAAUGACUUUAACACCUCUUGGAGAAGGUGAGAAGGAAGAGGACUGCUUAGUUGCGCGUGCGCAGGGCAUGUCACUGCUGGCCUCGUUAUUGGAGGAGAAGGCAGCAGUUGACACCGUGUGGCAAUUCCUCAAAGACAUGCAUUCCACAGACUUCUUCCAUUUACUGCUGCAGUGCUUGGAAAGUGAUGAAAUUGAACUACAAGACGCAGCACUCUACUGCCUCACUCACCUAGCACAGUCCAUGUCACAAAAGAAACACGCAGACAGAACAAACGACGACACAUGUUCAGAAUUCUACGAUAACCUAAAGUCCCCCUAUUGGGAGGGACCGCAGAACCGCGGUGAUGGGGACAGUGUGAGAUCCAAUGAAUGUCAACCCGAGUACUUGGCAGAGGAAAUGUUCAAAGCUUUGAUAGUGCUGUACCAGAAGUUGUCGACGGAGAAUAAGACGUAUGAGUCUAGUGAAGACGAGCGCUGGGUGCGGGUAUGUUCGUGCAUGGCAUCCGUGCUGUCUGUGAGCGGGCGCAGCCGUCAGUAUGCGGUGCACAGACGCCUGCCCGAGAUGCUACUCGCUACUCUACAGGCCGUGAGGGACCAUCUCACCAUGCUGGGCAAGCCGCUCGAUGUUAUCAAGAAUGCUAAUCAUAACCCUGUGCUGCGUACAUUGGCCUGGCUCUUGAUCGUCAUUGAUUGCCUGAUGCUGGAGUGUCAACCGGCUAAGGAAAACUUCGUGGACAACAACUUGACGGUCUCAUUGAAUAGACUGUGGCCCUGGUGUAUGAUGACCGAUCAACUGCGACAUGCUGUCAUGCAUCUCAUCUAUACGUUCACUAACGAUUGUCCGAAAGCAUGGGGCGCGAUGUGCGCGUGUGUGGGCACACGCACGCUGGCGGCGGAGGUGUGUGCGCUGUGCGCGCGCGAGGCGGCGCUGUGCUCGCCGUCGCGCUCGCCCGCGCUGCUGCUGCUGUGUCUGCACGCGCUGCGCCGCCUCGUGCCGCACCACCACUGCAGGACUAUACUGCUCAAGAGCGAGGUGAUAUCGGGCAUGUACCGGCUCUGCAUCCGCGCUCGCGUGCGCGGCGCGGGCGCGGCGGCGGCGGGCUGGGCGCGCCUCAUGGAGCGCGCGGCGCGCCACGCGGAGGGCGGCGCGGCGCUGCUGGCGCUGGCGCCCGCGUCGGCGCCGCUGUGCGCGCUGCCGGGGGCUGCUCGCGCCAAGCUCAUGCCGGCCCUCGCGCAUGCCGCGCACCACCAUCGCAACACCUUCCUGCAGUCUGCGGAAUUACUAGAACUGAUGGCGGGCACACUCCUGGCUGGUGAUACUGCGGAGGUGGUGUCGGCCGCCCGCGCCGUCUGGGCUUUGGCUGCUAAUAAUCACAAAGCCAAGCUGGUGUUGCGGAGUGCUGGAGUGGCAUCAGCGGUGCAUACGACCCUGCAGCGGUUGCAGCGCUCACAGAAAGACCUCGCCACACAGCAGGCGUUGCAGCUGCUUACUUAUACAAAUACCGUGCUGCAAACCACUUGACUGAUUCCUGUUCUCAACAGAAAUAUUUAUUUGUCGUCAUGCCUUAUCAGAUCUGAGAAAAUAUGGUUCCAGCAUAUCCCACCGCAUAUUGUAAUAUAAAUUACUUCAUACAGGUUAAAAAAAUACAGUUAUUAAUAUCGCAUUUAUGACCAGACCAUCACCCCAAAAUACCUUCUUAAGGUGGCUUAAGAUGGCAAACAUAAGCCAAAAUUAUAUUCGCUUGUAAUGCUGUAACUUACCCAAGUCAUAUGAUUCUGAUAAUAGAGUUUGUGAAUUUUACUAUGUUUUUAUACGUUAAUCUCGUGUUUGCAUUUAAUGAUUUGGUUGUUAUGUUAAGUCAUAUGACUCGAUCGAGUCUAAGUUGUUCUACUGAUACAGUCAAAUGAAAUGAAGUAUGUGUUAAUUAACAAAACAGUAUUAGGAAAUUGUUUGUGAUAAUUAGUGGGACCCGCAUUUGGAAACAUUGAAUGUAUUUAAAUGGUAAGUAUGUUGAAAUAAAUGGUUUUGAAUUUA